GUCGAAUAUAAACACAUGGUCAUGUCGGUCAUAGAAAUGUUCUGCAAAUACGUAAGAGCUAGCAUCAUCCCCAGCACAUUAGACAAAGCGGAAAGGCCGCAAUUCGGUUCACUGAGCGCGCCCGAAAGAGACCAAAUCGCUCUGUAUUUACCGGAACUGUUAAGGUCAGUACGUUCCACUUACGCUACAUUAAUAAAGUUAGAUUUGCCCAACGAGGCAUUAGAUAUAGUAAGUUUGUUAUUGUUAGAUUUAAGAAUCCAUUGCAUGAGUAUUCUGUUUCAACAAGCUAUGGAACAGAUAAAACAGUUAUCUGAAACGUGGAAGAUAAACUUUGGGGGCAAACACAGCGGAAUCACAGAACUACCGUUGAAGUUCUUGCAGCUGAUCGAGGACGUGAUCCAAAUUGUGAAAGAAUCAGCGCUAUCGGCUGAACAACGAGAGACUUUCCUAUUAGAUAAUCCGACUGCUCAGAGAGAGCUUGAAAAACAGCUGGAUUGUAUUUUAACAGCUUUUCAUAACGUGUUGAAUAACUUAUCUUCGAGUGAGGAUUAUGAAGACGGUGACGAUAGCUCGCCUGUAGUCUCUCAGUUGAUAGGAACCCCUGUCAGUAGUCAUAAAGUGAACAGCAUUAAAACAAACGUACCAACUUGGGAGCACCGUUUGUUGAUAACUUUAUCCAACUGUCUGUUUACUAAGAAUACAAUAUUAGACACCGUUUCCACUAAAUUCAAGGAAGGCGGUUUUCCUCACGUGGACGUCCCUAUAAGAAAUGCCAAAAUUAAGUUGGAAAACUUGGAAAAAUCGAUCCUCGACAAAUACCUAGAACAAAAGAGCGAUCCUUUAGUUGGCACGAUAGAACCGUCGAUGUACUUAGGACGUUUCGACUGGGAUACAAACGUACCGGCAACGGACAUCCGUCCUUAUGCAAAAGAAUGCAUAAACAACCUUAUCAGCGUCCACUCGGAAGUUAACAAUAUUUCCGCAAAGUUAUUAGAUAGCGUUCUACCCAAAAUCGUUGAAACUAUUGCCGAAGAAUUAUACAGGCUCAUGUCGUGCGUUCAGAAAUUUAGUAGGGCAGGUGCGCAACAAGCAAGAGCCGAUAUAUGCGUCCUACAGGAGUUUUUCGAAGGAUAUUUGUCAGGAAGUGCCAAGGGAUAUUUUCAGGAAGCUCUAGAUGUCAUACCAGAGUUAGAAACAAUGGAGACGACUGUUAUUCAGGACAUCUUAAGGCAGUCGAAAGCCAAAAUGAGAAUACAGUUGUUGUGCUUAAAGAGGAGGUCCACGGAAAAUAGGAAUUAAAUGUGGCGGCACUUUUAUUUCUAUUUUGCAGUUAAAGUUUUAGACUGUUGUAUCAAAGCUGUUAUAGCAAAUUAUCUCUCCUGUGAUAAUUAUUUUUUAUUUGUCGCUUAACAAAGAUGCAAUUAAUGUUGAAAUACAAGAUAUUUAAAUAUGAAAAAAUAGUAACUAUAGAUAUUAAGGAAAAAACGUAAUGCUAAUAAAUUAUUCUUAAAAUUUAUUUACACAUGUAAUGUUAAUGAAAUGUACAAUGUACAAUUUUACAGUGGUUUUAUGCAGAUAUUUAUUACAUCAUGCAAGAUAUAUCUUGACAUUUACCAUGUGUAGGAUAUAAAUAAGGUGAUAAAAUAGUAUAUCGGCAUAUAGUUAUUUGUUAUUUGUACCUAAACUCUGCACCGUACGGUAAAUAUUAAGACUGCUUAAGUCUAACAAUAUCAAAAAACAUGUAUAUAUGGUAUUUUUAUUAUUUAAAGCUUUGUAAUAUGUAUCGUAAUGUAUUUAACUUAAUACUUAUUCUUU